AUGUGCAAGUGCAACGGCUCGAACAGAAAACCCUCUCAAACUGGUUUGAUUAGGGAUCAUGAAUAUGAAAGACAAGAAGAACUGCAGCAUGAGACUUGUGAUUUGCUUGAGCUUUCAGCCACAGAUGAUGUUAUAGCUUUCAAAGAGGCUGUUGAAAAAGACAAUCAUGAUGUCAAUGAGGUAGGGUUGUGGUAUGGAAGGAGGAUUGGCUCAAAGGAAAUGAGAUAUGAAGAGAGGACACCUCUCAUGAUUGCUUCCUUGUUUGGAAGCAAGGGUGUAUUGUCUUAUAUUCUUGAAACUGGUCGUGUCAAUGUUAACCAAGCGUGCGGAUCGGAUAGGGCUACUGCUCUUCAUUGUGCUGUUUCUGGUUGUUCUGCUGCUUCUGCUGAGGUUAUCAAGCUUCUGCUUGAUGCAUCUGCAGAUGUUAAUUCUGUUGAUGCGAACGGAAAGCGGUGCAUUGACUUGAUUGUCAUGAUGCCUAAUAGUAUCUCUGGUUCAAGGAAGAGGAAACUACAAGCAAUACUAGAAGGUACUGAUGACAUUGAUGUCGACGAUGAUUUCGUUAAGGAAGUAGGUUUCCAAAUGGAGAAGCAGCAAGAAGAUAUCGGUGCACCUCGGAUUGAGAAGAAAGAUUAUCCGAUUGAUCUAUCGCUACCCGACAUAAAUAAUGGAAUAUAUAGUACGGAUGAAUUUAGGAUGUAUAUAUUCAAAGUGAAGACUUGUUCGAGGGCUUAUUCUCAUGAUUGGACUGAGUGUCCCUUUGUUCAUCCAGGGGAAAACGCAAGGCGCCGUGAUCCGAUGAUAUAUCAUUACACCUGUGUCCCUUGUCCGGAGUUUCGGAAGGGUUCAUGCAGUAAAGGGGAUGCUUGUGAAUAUGCGCAUGGUAUUUUUGAGUGCUGGCUUCAUCCUGCUCAAUACAGAACAAGGCUUUGUAAGGAUGAGACCGAAUGCACACGAAGAGUCUGCUUUUUUGCACACAAACCCGAGGAGCUUCGCCCGUUGUAUGCUUCUACUGGUUCUGCUUUGCCUUCACCUAUAUCCUAUUCAAAUUCACCUAGUGCUUCUUCCAUGGAUUAUUUCACAUUGAGCUCCCCGUCCAGUUCGACACAAUCCAUGUCGACACCGCCUUUGACUCCAUCUGCAGUGUCACCUCCUGCAGGUGGAACCAUGUGGCCGAGUCAGUCUCAUGCUGCAGUUCCUACACUUCAGUUGCCGGGAAGCAGAUUGAAAACUGCACUGAAUGCUAGAUAUGAUACUGAAUUUCUCGAGCUCGAAAAUCGCCUUAUGCAGAAGCUAAUGAUUGAAGAGAUGACAGGUCUUUCAUUCCCUUCAAAUAGGCUUGCAGGUGUGAAUCCUGCUAACCUCGAAGACAUUCUCGGUUCUCAGAUACAAUCUCCAACAUCAACUCAUGUGCAUCCGAAUGUGACUCAGCAACUUUGGGGAUUUUCUUCUGACCUUACCAAUUCAAAAAAUGAUGUCGUGGCGAAGCGGAGCCAGAGCUUUAUCGAGCGCAGCAGCAUGGAGAACUUUAGUUCCAAGCUUCCUUCUGCUACCUCGGUUACUAUGGAGCCAUAUACUAACUUCUCCGGUUGGAGCUCCCCUGAUGGAAAAUUAGACUGGUCCAUCCGUGGCGAUGAACUGAAUAAGAUGAAAAAGUCUAAUUCUUUCAGCUUUCGAAACCAACUUAGCAAUUCAACAAUGGUUGCGCAAAAUGCUGAUGAUCAAGAUGUAUUAUUAAGCCAGGAAUCAUGGGUUAAUUCACUAGUGAAGGAUGCACCAACAGCGAAAUCGGAUCAAUAUUGUGAAGUGUAA